AUAAGGAUAAACAAGCGUCAAGAUAACAAAAAUAGACGCGGAUACCCUUGAUAAGCGUGAUCUAGCCGACAGGACCAAUCGGAGGCUGCAUCGAACGGUGUGAUAGAUCCUUGCUGCGGCUGUAUUUUACGUUACGUGACGAGUCCUACUCAUCACUUUGCAGCCCGACAGCGAGCUAGCUAGACGUACGAACGAGUGAGCGAGUGUACGAGCGAACGAGCAAAGCUACCGUGUUCGAAGGACGAUAUCCGAUGGCGAAUAGCAAAAUGUCGGGACAACUGGAGGUGACGAGCAAGCGGGCGACCUUCGGUAUGGGCUGCUUCUGGGCGGGCGAUUCUCUCUUCGGGGCGCUGCCCGGGGUUAUCAGCACCUGCGUGGGUUACGCCGGCGGCACCACGGAGUCUCCGGUCUAUAAAGACAUGGGAGAUCAUACGGAGGUCAUUGAUAUUGAGUACAAUCCGGAAUUAGUGUCCUAUUCGCAACUGCUGGGGUUGUUUUGGGAUAAUCACGAAUAUGGCAUCACGAGUAAGACGAAGAGACAGUACAUGUCGUUGGUCUUGUAUCACAAUGAAGAGCAAAAGUCGUUGGUUGAAAAGUCUCGGGAUCUGAAACAACAAGAGGUCGGAAAGGUCAUCGUCACGGAGAUUCAUAAAUUUGUCAAGUUUUAUCCGGCGGAAAACUAUCAUCAAAAGUAUCGACUGCAACAGCACCCGUGGCUGCUCGAGGAAACAGGCCUUACCACGCCAGAAGCUUUACGAACCUCUCCAUUAGCAGCUAAACUAAAUGGCUACAUAGCGGGUGCCAACAGUCUCGAGCAAUUCCAAGCGGAGCUACCGCACUUAAAAUUGAGCGAGAAAGCAGCGCAAUAUGUAACGAAAUAUUUUGUUGAAAAUCAAGGCAAGGGUUUGUAUUGCUAGUUUCGGGAAACCGCGCAGGAAACACAUGGGAAAACGGGAAUCUGCACCACUAUUGUUAGAUGUACUGCGGGAAUAUUCAAUUUUUUAGAUAAGAAACAACUUCACGUCCUAAUACAUACGUAAUCUCAUUACGUACAUGUAUGAUAACAAUACAACUUAACGUUACAAAUUGGGUUUAGAAAUUUGAACGAGAUCCUACGACAAUAAACGUUACAUGUAAUUUUCGGAAUAAAUAUUAGCAACACUUCACUUGAACUUUUGCUUGUUUACAGAGCACUAUCGUCGCAAAUUGUUAUUCUUUCUUAAUACUCUGCUACGUAAUGUAAAAUUGUCCUAGGGUAAUUUUUUAAUUUUAAUUUAAUAAUGACAUUUUGAUUUAACAAAGUGGUUGCAACUUAAUAAGACUGUUUGAAAAUUCGCAUGGAUAUUUUUUCAGAGAAAAUUUCGAAAUACUGAGUGUUUUUGAAUUAAAAAUCAAUGGGAAAAGAUAUUCAAACGAACUUUAAUACAAUAUUAAUCGAACGUUUUUAAUUGCGACAAUUAAGAUUCUGCAUUCUUAUGCAGGCAGUGUGUUAAGUUAUAUAUAAAUUAACAGAAGUGUUACUAUUACAAUGCUGAGAGUAAUGACUAUCGGAACAUUCAACGUAUUGUUAACAAGGACGAUCGCAUUGCAAUUUAUAUAAUGUACCAAACGGUUGUGAAAUAUACAAGUGUCCAUUCGCAAGUGGCAAAAAUUACAGCGACUAUUUUUAUACACCGAUGUGCUAAGUAUAUUUAAGCCAUCUUAGUGUACUUGGGAAUCCUCACAAAAGCAGAAUAUCUUCAGAAAAUGUUAUUUUAAUAAUAAUUGUUAAUACUUCUGGGCGUAAGAUAAUUUGUACUGCAUAUAAUAAGCAUAAUAAAGUGAUUAUAUAAAUAUAA